ACGGAGAAGUUCGCUUACAAUAGCGGAGGCGGGCAGGAGGUGUAGCGGGUAUUGAUUUUAUCCGCCGCUGAAGAUGAUGAUAAUAUGACGCAGGGCAAGAAAAAGAAGAGGGUAAAUCGCAGCGUGAUGCUCGCCAAAAAACUCAUCAUCAAGGAGGGCGGCGCGCCUCGUGGAAUUGGCCAGCCGAGCGUCUACCACGCAGCCUUCGUCAUCUUCCUCGAGUUCUUCGCAUGGGGGCUUCUCACUGCACCCACGCUGACCGUGCUGCACGAGACCUUUCCCCAGCACACGUUCCUCAUGAACGGCCUCAUACAGGGUGUCAAGGGCUUGCUGUCGUUUCUCAGCGCGCCUCUCAUUGGCGCGCUCUCCGACGUCUGGGGUCGCAAGUCUUUCCUGCUGCUCACUGUCUUCUUCACCUGCGCACCCAUCCCGCUCAUGAGGAUCAGUCCCUGGUGGUACUUUGCCAUCAUCUCCGUGUCGGGGAUCUUCUCGGUCACCUUCUCCGUGGUGUUCGCCUACGUGGCCGACGUGACGCCCGAGCACGAGCGCAGCUCCGCAUAUGGCCUGGUGUCGGCAACGUUCGCGGCCAGCCUGGUGACCAGCCCGGCUAUCGGCGCGUACCUGAGCACGGCCUACGGCGACGGGCUGGUGGUGGCGCUGGCUACCGGCGUGGCCCUGCUGGACAUCGCCUUCAUUCUCGUCGCGGUGCCCGAGUCGCUGCCCGAGAAGAUGCGGCCGGCCUCAUGGGGGGCACCCAUCUCCUGGGAGCAGGCCGACCCCUUCGCUUCUCUGCGUAAGGUUGGCCAGGACUCGACAGUGCUGCUCAUCUGCAUCACGGUGUUCUUGUCCUACCUGCCCGAGGCCGGGCAGUACUCCAGCUUCUUCCUCUACCUGCGCCAGAUCAUGGGAUUUUCAGCUGGCAGUGUUGCUGCGUUCAUUGCGGAGCUCGGAGUUUUAUCAAUUCUGGCACAGACGCUUGUGCUGAGCGUGCUAAUGCGGUCAAUCGGGAACAGAAACACCAUCCUCCUGGGACUCGGCUUCCAGAUGCUGCAGCUCACGUGGUACGGGUUUGGCUCCCAGCCCUGGAUGAUGUGGGCGUCGGGCGCCGUGGCCGCCAUGUCCAGCAUCACAUUCCCCGCCGUGUCGGCGCUCGUGUCACGGAACGCCGACGCUGAUCAGCAGGGCGUGGUGCAGGGCAUGGUGACGGGGAUCCGGGGGCUGUGCAACGGCCUGGGCCCCGCACUCUACGGCUUCAUCUUCUACCUCUUCCACGUGGAGCUGGACGAGCUGCCGGCCAUGGGCGACGGCGCUGCCCCCCAGGGCGAGCCUCGCACGCCGCACCGGCCCUCCACGCAGCAGACCAUCAUCCCGGGGCCACCGUUCCUGUUCGGCGCCUUCCUGGUGCUGCUGGCGCUGCUCGUGGCGCUGUUCAUCCCCGAGCACACGGGCCUGGCGCCCGCGUACAGGAGGCACGCGGGAGGUCACGCGGGGGGUCACGCGGGGGGUCACGCUGGAGGCCACGCGCACUCGCCGCCCGUGACGGAGGGCGAGGAGCCGCUGCUGCAGGACAGCCCCGUGUGAGCCGAGAGGGGGAGAUGCGCGCGUGCGCACGCGUCCACACGAGAGGCGUCACUGUGCCGACACGUCCCGCCGUGCCCCAGCCGGCAGGUGUCUUAUAAACAAAAACAAAGACAACGGGCGAACAAAAUAACAACAAAAAUCUACUCGUGUUUUUUUUUGUGUGUUUGGGGAAGAAGGAAAAAAACAAAACAACAAAAAAAGAGAAGAAAAAAAAACUUGACGUGAGGAGGAGGCUGCCGUACGUCGUCGUCGUCGUUGUCGUCGUGAGCGUCACCGAAUUGAACUGCGGAGAAAUCGCCGUCUUGUUCGUGGCGCGGUGGAAAUUCAUCGAUGGGAGGCGGGGUGGGGAGACGUCCCAGGAGAUGGAACGACGGGUCGGCGAUCCCGCCCACCCGCCCGCCGAGGGUCCCGUGUUUCAUUGGGGGCGCCAAGCAAUGAAGGCCGACAACGCGUUUUGAGAGGGUAAAAAAAAAGAAAAAGGCAGCUGUGUUGUUUUAUAAGCUGUACAUUUGUACGAAGUGUAAAUGUUUGCUUGUGUGUGUGUGUGUGUGCGUUAUCGCUGUCCGGUCUCCUGAGCCGCCCCACCUCUCGGUUGCGAAGAAGUCUGUGGGACGUUUGUUGUUUUAGUUCUCACUGUCACGUGAGUUUUAUCGUCAGACUUAACCGGCUCGGGGGACGUUACAGAAUUAGCCCCCCUGCUCCCACUGCUGCUGGGUAACAAAGGUAGUUUCACUGUACACCUGACUUUCGGUUUAAAAUCUCCUGAUGUGUUAUUAUUGUUGUUGUUGGCGUCUGGUCAUGGCAGGCGGUCCGCACCCCCGAUUAGAAAGAAGUUCAACAUACGCCCACAGUUAAAGUUUGGUGCUCAGAGCUGGCGUAAGCUGAACCGAGCCAAAACCAAAUUCAACGUUGGGAGUUUCUUUUAAGCGCAGCGAUUGCUGCACAGAAUCAAGGGAAUUAAUUCGCUCGCAGCUCGCUCACCGAGUGGCCCGGUUUCACUGUGACUGGAAACCCGGAUUCGAACCUAGGCUCUCAUUUGUCGUUGGCUUCGUGCUCUGACGUGGCCAUUGAGACCCUCUUGAGCCACGUGGCAAGCCACCUCUGCUUCACCUGCAUACCUACCUCAAAGCCCCCGGACAUGCAUUUUUUUUGUCCUCUAUAAACUCCACCACCUGCAGCAAAGGAUUAUCACCCUCGAGCAAAAUAAGUGAAAGACCGGUAUGUUUGUUUGCUUAAUAAGGUUGCUGUUGUCACACUGCGACCUUUAUUUUAUUACCCCUCGAGCAAAAUGGGUGGUUCGAGUUGCAUUCAAGUUGGGAAUGGUAGCGUCUCUCUAGGGGGUCUUGGGGUGGGGGGACAUGUGCCCCCCCUAAUUUACAGCGAUGCCCCCCCCCCGUGUCCACUUUGAGAGGUUGAUCCUCUGGGUGGCUGAGCAGUCGCUCAAGCAUUCAUUACGGCCGAUGCCUACGAUGACACUGCACGACCGCAUCGCUUCUUUCCUGCUGCCAGAUCUCAGUCGACACUCCGUACCUUGGGGGGGGUACGGGCUGCUCCAAUAUUAGUCGCUUGCUCUCCCCCUCCCCCCCCCCCCCGCUUUCUCCGAUUGUGUCCCAAUGUUUGGUUAAGCGUCUCGCAACACAGGUGCACGAUCACAGAUGGGCUUCAGAUUUUAAACGUCGUGGAGUUUUAAGGUCAGUUUAGGACCGUCAUGUGGAUUUUCGGAUCGUUCGCCGUUGCGCACGAGUUUCACAACAUCUCCGUGCCGACAGUCGUGACGGCGCCCAAUGCCACGCGACGUCGCAUUCAGCGGGAGUUGUACGGGAUGCAAGGUCGUUACCCAUGGCGGCACGAUUCCGAUCAGUCCGAAACUAAACAAAAGAUUUGCGCCGUCUCGAAAGUCGGAUCGAUGAUUCCAACUUUCGUUUUUGUGGGUCUUGCAGUGCUGGGACUGCAUGCAGCUCGCGAGAGAAAAGAAGGCACAGAGCAAUGAUGAAGAUCCAGCUUCUGUUUCUUCAUUUUAGGGUUGGACACCUCGUUUGGCCAUGAGUUGAUAAAGCCACGAUGUUGCUGAUGAGACUCGGUAAAGUAGAAACCUUGUUGAAGUUGCCUUGCGUUCUAAAGGAAUGCUUCCUUAGAACGCUGAUCAGAUAUGGGUGAUGGGAUAAAUAUGAAAUUUAAACAACAACAAAAAACAACUCUUUACGUUGCUCUGUAGGUGUUUGCGCUUGUGCUGUAUUCACCCCGUGAUGUGUUUUCGGGGUUGUGCUGCUCGGCAUGAUGUCCAACUUUUCACUGGGAGCGUCCCAGGAAUGUAAUUGAAGAAGUAGCUGUCUCAGCACUCGGGAGUGAAACGUCGGACGUCACACCGAACGACGCACAAUACAAAUCCGAAAACAUGUCCGAGAGCCACGCUCCUUGCAUUCAUAUCACUAUAAUCACUUGAGGAUCACCAACAGAGGGAUUUUAAUUAGUUUUUUUGUCUAAACGGUGCAGGCAAGCAAGGGGUGUGAGCUUCCGCAAACUUUUCGGCAGAGUAUUUGGAUUCCGAACAGGCUUGGCUGCCGUCUUGUGAGCACUCCGAGCCUCUACAAAGCUCGGAAUUGUAAACAAAUAAGAUUAUUUAUUUAUACUGGAGGAAUCUGAUGAGCUAUAAAGCUCUUUUUCGCACAUGUUGGGGGCGGGUAAGAACGUUACAACGACAAACAAUACAAAAACAUAGUAGUAGUGCAAAGUACAAUAAAGGUAAACAAAUCAUCCAAGCACAUACAAGUAAACCAUCCCCCCAUCCUACCAGGCAAAGCCCACUGAGGUAUUUCAUAAGCGACCUGGCCACAAAUGAUAGCUCAACAAAAUGGCUUCUGAUGUGGACAUUUAUAGCAGCAAAAUAAUCUUAAGUAGUCUAUGUGAUGUUAAUUCUAAAUGUGGAAGGAAAAACCGGAGAACCCAGAAUCCACGCGACUAUGUGCAGAGAGAGAGAGAGAGAAGACGCAAACUCCAUAUAUACAACAGGCUUCAGGGUCGGGAUCAAACCCACAUCCAGCUGCAUACCCGGCGAGGUAGUUAACAUCUCUGCCACCGCGGCGCCCCAAGUGGUGUACAUUCACGACUUAGCUGGACCACGCAAACUCCAAAUAUAAAUGUUGUUCCCUUCAGUGUGGACCCACGCGGUGAAGCGGGGCAGCGCUCAUUUCUGCCGAGGUUAUUUUUUUUUACGAGACCCCAAUAUCAAUAUAUUGGGCACUAUCGGUUUAUGACUUCUGCAACUAGACUGUGCUGCCUUUGUGGUGAUAAUUAUUUUUACAACGUGGGACCGGUUUGCUGACUGGAGUCGGCAGUCCUGCGCCAGUGACGUAAAUUUCACAUUCCUAUGAUGGGGGCCAAGUUCAAAGGGAGGUGGCACAAGCGCUCUUGGCUUCUCGCAAAGUGGUCCUAAUCGUAUUGGCCCCAGAGGGAUGAUGAUGAUGAUGACAAUUACGAUUAUACUGUGUGAGUCGACCAACAAACUGGGAUUUGAACUCUUGUGGUUGCAGUUGUGAGUCGAGUGCUUUCACAACUUCACCCGUAUGCCUGCAGUCAAAUAUAUUAUGGGGGGGGGGAUUAAUACAUCAUGAAUUUGGCAAGCAUGUGACAUGGUGAACCGUAAAGCAGUCAGACCUGUUUCAAAUAUGCGCCCCGACUCGUUUAGCCUCCCGUCAUCGUACCCCAACCCCCCCACAUGUUUGAUUCAGUUAAUACAGUUGGUUGUUGGUGCUACAAAAGGCAAGGCAGAAAGAAAUUAUAUAUAUUGGAUGUUAGGUUGUUUUCAAUAGCGGAGCCAAUAUUUUCAGGUAGAGGGGGCAACCCCUCCAGCAAUGAGAAAUGAUAGAGGAGUUGUUAGUAAGUAAGGACUUGUUAGUAAGUAAGGAGUUGUUAUUAAGUAAGGAAUUUUCCCUUGUUUUUUAUUCGACGCGUGUGCGGCGAUGGCGCAGCCAUCGAUGGAGGGUCGAAUUCGAACCGCGUUGUGUGAUCGGCAUCGCGCUCGCUGAAGGUGAAUGCCUUCAGGGAAGUCGUGGACUGUAUUCGCAACUGCGCAAAAUUCUGAGUCACUUAUCACUGCUUUGCCGUUACUUAUUGCCAAUUCUGGACGCAGACUAUUGUCUUAUCAUCUCAUAGAGUCCCUGGCACGUAAUAAUAUGCUACACAGUGGCAGUGGGGGUCGCAAAAUGCCAAUUUAUUCCUAAUAAACCCCAAUGAUCCGAUCGAAAUUCGGGAUUUCGAUCGGAUCAUUGGGGGGGCACGUGCCACCCCACCUCACUGGCUCUGCCAGUGUUGAGAACGAAAUUCGAUAUUGAUGUGUCAGCCCACGCCUUUUAUCGUUCGCACCAACCCCACCCACUAAAGAUGUUUGACGAAUAUUUUUGUUGUCGUUUAAUGGACCCCCAUCAGUCCGGAUCGUAACAUCUCCACGGGGAGGGGGGAGAAAAAACCUGCAGCUGUUUGUCUCUCAGAGCGAACCGUGAGAUGCUUUCUGCCAAUAAGAACGGGGGGGGUGCCCUGUGAUGUGCACAAGCGCGUGGUGCGCGCAUAAGCCGGGUUCGCUUUUACGCGUGGCGCGCGAAUCUGUGAGCGUUGUAGAAUGCGGUGCGGGUUUCCCUUCGUGCGGUAGUAGAUGCGUUCCAAACAAAGAGGGAGAGGGGGGCGCACAAAGCUUGAGUCGCAUAAAACGAACCCAGUCGCCCAACCCACAAUGCACCACACGCAUGUAAAGCGCACAGUACACACACGGUGUUGUGCCACGUCCAACCGCAUAGCCGCAUUUCGAGUGAAUCAAACGGCAUGUCGAUUAUUUGGGCUGGAAAUAGGUUAGCAGAAUUUUAGCAAAAUCGUACAAACCAAACCCGCACAAAGCAAGGGAAACCUGUAUUUUAAUGGGCGUCUACCCAACUCGCAGGUUUUGGCUGGCCACCGGUGAAUGCCAUAUAUUUAAUCGCACUUAGCAGGAUUGCAUUUGAUGAGAGAAUUACACGGGGCAGCUUGCAAAACUGGUUUGAGCCACUCCGGAGUGAGAAAUCCUAGCCACACCAAUGCAUUUUGGUGCAGAUAUCAUCACAGUAUGCACAGGGGGCCGGAGCAAUGGAUGUUAUUUUGGGAAGUCGGCAUCACGUGAUUGUAAAGUGGUUAUUUCCGCGAAGAAAUGAAAUUGCGUCGGGUGCUACUUAAUCAUGUUUGAUAAAUCGUUUUUUUCUGUUGCCAUUAGAAUGUUGAUUGGGUCUCGAGACUGGUCUCUGACAGAGUAUCCAAAAUAUAGACCUUACUGGUGUCUAGUGGGGUUUCUAGAUUAAACACUGGUCUCUGAUGGGUUUUCUAGAUAAUAGUCGGAGUAUCUGUACAAAACAAAACUGACACUGAUCUUGAAUGGGUUCUCUGGGCUUUAGACUGGUCAAUGGUUGGAUUUGUAGACAACAGACCGACAGACUGGUUUCAGAUGGAGUACCCAGACAAGAGAUGGGGCUGGCUUAUGUUCUGGAUAAUAGACUGACAGUUAAAGUGGAAUGAAAUGGUCCAUAGGACCGAUCUCCAAGUUGUCCUUCGGCGUGAUAUAGAAUAUAUUUGUUUUCAUAUCUCUGCAUGUGUGUGUGUGUGUAUAUGUGGGGAGCGGUAGUGUAGCGGUUAGCGCUACGCUGCGCUACGAACCCGGGCCACCCGGAUUCGAUUCCCACUCGCGGCCAACACCGGUGAUUAUUUGAACUGGUCCUGGGCCUCCCCUAGGUCGACUCGGCCUCAAAUGAGUACCUGGUGCAGUGUGUAAAACAUCGCCACUAGAGAGACAAAGGCGGCCGGGCGUGGUGUUGGCCAUCCACCCCCUCGUAUACCGUACCGGCCUUCAUAGGUGCUCGCUAACAGCACUUGCCCCAACAGUCUGGUAUGGCUAUACGGGCUUUUUUGUUGUUUUUUUAUAUGUAGGGUGAGUGCUUUUGCGCACAUGCGCACGUUUUGCCUCUGAGCGUGUCCCUUCCACUUCAUUUCACAACAUCAGUUGGGAGUUUUUGUUCUCCCGGGACUGGUGGUUAUAUACUUGUGGGGAGGAGGAGGAGGAGGUUGUUUUUUUCCUUUUGCACAACGUUGCAGUGUUUACACGCGUGCGUACGGGCGUUACAUUCCGUGUUUGGAAGGCCUCCGCGUGGACGAUCGCUCUGUUCGACGUUUCGUUGCAUUCCAUGACACUGGACCACAGUUUCGAAUUCCUUUUAAACCGAUGCCCAAUUGCGCAGGUGUUUGGCUCAAGCUCCCUCAAUCUUGGCCAGUCUUGGACUUUCAUCUCCACUUCACUCUUGAGGAGGGGGAGGGAGGGGGCUCCCCCGGUGGCUCCAUCCUUCUAUCAAUCGCCAAGCAGCAUUUUACUGUUUGUGCCUCAUGGCAUCUUUACCAACAUCCUUCCUUCAAGAACUGUCUUCAUCCACCUCCCGCCUCUUGGGAAUGUGCUCGAUCCACACGUUUUGCCUUUUCUGAAUUGCUCCGAUUAGUCUUUUUAUCUUCUUGAACGCUCCUCAUGAACCUUGCUCUUAAUUAUUAUCACAGUCGAUGGCGCUUUGUUUUGGUUAAUGUCAUGCACCUAAUUAUAUUUUAAAAUUACGUUUUAUUCCGGUGGGGGGGUUCUGUUUUUGUCCUGGGAAGCGAACACACGUCACACGCGCAAUAUAAAGUGUAUAUUGUUAGGAUUCACAAUAGACAGCAAAAGGUUGGCAUCAAGGUCAGGGUAGAUAUGAAGAAGAAGAAAAUGCGUACGUGCAAAUACCAACUCCUGUACCAGUCACCAUUUAAAACAGAAUGUUCCGUGUCAAUGGCAUUCGUUGGAUUAUUGGAUGUACGGAGGCACUUUUUCUUACACCAAAACAAUUGUUUUCGGACAAUUUAUUUUGGCAGUAUGAUAAAUAUGAGACGAGAAUGGCUUACGUGAACACAAAUAAAAUCAUCACCACAUUCGCCGCGCAAACUAAUAACGGCAAACGUUAUACGGUAAUUGGCUUCAGGGGGGAAGUCUUCACCCGGCAGUCAAUUGAUCAUGGCUGAUGAUGAAUAGGGUAGUUUUUUUCCCCCAAGUGAGAACUCAAGGGACCAGCAUGCGUCUUUUUUGCAAGAGUAACCUUGGGGCAUCACUUUGCCAGUCAGCGGCAAUGAUCGCUACGCCGUACAAUCCCAAUGGAAGCCCCACUCUUGUCGAUGACGUUAGCGCGGAGCAUUAAGAUUAUUCCGCGCACAGUCAUAAUCGGGGCUGCCGCUCGAUUCGAACCGCGGGCUUCUGCCACAAGCGGCGAACGAGCUGCCGCUGGGCGAGGGAUGAGGUGUUGAUGAUGAAUACCGUGAAUUUAAACACAGAACAAAAAACGAAUUGCUUGUCUGUCACUGUCAACGCAGUCCCUUUUCGCGCUUGUAUGGAGUUGACCUUGAAAUCCAUUUACGAGAAAUGGUAAUCUCGUGUCGCCGGUUAUCCUGGGAGGAAAAGAAAACGAGUGUACUGUACACGUGCGUUUCGAUGACGUAAGUUGUGCAAAUUGUAAACAAGUCGAUCGGCAGGUUGAGUGCGUUGGGGUAAAGUGUGGGAACUCGCAGCUCUUCCAAGACGUCUGGCCCUGCGUGGAGAAAGUCUGAUGCGGUGGGGCGCUCUGUCGAGCUCCUAGUGGAGGCCCCAUCCGCCAGCAGUGGCGUGAGCAAGCGAUUGCAGGGCUGCGCCUUGACCAUAUUUUACCACCUUUUCACACGUGGACGGGAAUCGUACACUUUUUAACCAGGCAGGUGCCCAUCUGCUGUUUCACGAUCUCUAUUGAAAGAGAGACCAUCCAGCCUAGGCAGUUGUUCACUUACAACAUUCAUCCAACUGAAACGCCUGUCGUUAAAACUUUCGGGAUGUGGGGUUGUAGAAUGGUGGGGGAAUGCACACUCGCGUCUCCAUCACCGUCGGUAACAUUUUAUUACCUACGUGGAUGCGCGAUCUGGAAAUGUCAACAAGUUGUGAAUCCGCGGCCGCUGAUUGCGUGAAAGCAAAACACCUAAAGUGAAAUUUUUUUUAGAUAAACCACGAGAAUCUCACCCGAGUUGGUUAUUGCGGCUUGCUGUGCGGCGGUCUGCUACAUGUCAGUGACGAGUGACUGCUGAUGUUACUGACAACGAUUAGUCCCGUGCCACUGUUGACAGGAAACGCUCUUUUAAGAUUAUAGGUCACCUGUAAAUUACUUGAUGUCGUGCGAGUAGGAAAGAGGACGCGUUUCGUCUCGCCUCGGGAUUGUACAGGAAACAAUAUUACGGUACCACUGUGUAUAGUGUAAAAGUAAUUUAUCAAAAACAGAUUAUUGAAAAAAAAUUGCUGUAUUUGUGUGUGGCUAAUAAAGGCGAACCCUGUAUAUUUUGUGAAA